GACGGUUUCACAUGACGUUAUCACAGGAAACACAGCAGCAUAUUUUACCAAUGUCUUUGUGAAGCAGCGUUCCACCGGAGGAUAACACGUAACGUGAACACUGGUCAUCGGGAGUCAUGGCAUACAGCGUGGACUUCACUAUCGACACGAGUGACACAGAUUCUGACUAUGAAAACCUGGGAGAGGAUAAAUCAGGUGAGGAGUAUUUCUUCGAGGCCGUCAGAGAUCCAGGAGCAAGCAAGCGGAGAUGGAAUGAAACCCUGGAGAUGCAAGUGUUUAGAGAAAGCAGAGGGGCAACUCUGGUUGGUGUUGAGAGACUUCUCAGAAUGAUGCUAUUUUUAGAAAGCCUGUCGACCUCAAGUGAGGGGGAUUUUGAGACCGUUGACGCUCUGCAGAGACACAGCUGCUCGGCUGCAGCUCUGAAGGCGCUCUCCUCCAGGCAGAGUCGAGCUGCUGAGCUAAAAAGCCCGUCUUCGGUGGUUUCCCGUCGAACGAGGCGCUCAUCUCAGCCGCGCCCACGUCAGCUCGUAUCCCAUGAUCCUCCUCAGACCUUCAGACCGAUCCAGGAUCACAUCGUCCAAGCAGAGGUGGAGGAAAUCAGUCCUGAAGGAAGCGGUGACGACCAGUUGGUCUGCUCCCUCCGAGGCCUUUCAGCGUCUGACGGCACACGCAAACUGCGAUCCUUGCCCCUGAGCCUGGCAGAGAAGAUAAAGCUCAGGCAGCUUGCUUUUCAUGCUGAAACUUCAACAAUCAUCAGAUAUGUUCCAUGCUACGCUAAUAUAUGCAUGUACAUAUCAAGGACUUGGCGUCACUGCCUGUUCGGCUGCCUCACCGCCUUCAGCUCCCUCCAGCUGUGGCAUUCGCCCAUGAAGAGGCUGAGCGGACGCCACGGGACCGGAGUGCUCUCCUACUUCCUGUUUCUGAGAACCCUGCUGUUCUUGAACCUCCUGAUUUUCAUCAUCAACGGCUUGUUUGUGGUCUUCCCUCAAGCCAUCCACCCUCCUCCUGCGCCUCCUCCGUACGACCACGAGCUGGACGUCUUCCCCGGGGUCUGGCUGUUCACCGGCUCGGGUUAUCUCUCUCAGAGUUUGAUGUUUUAUGGCUACUACAGCCACACCCCCACUGACAGUUGUCCGACGGAGGAGUCUAAUGACUGCAACACCUACGGGUACAGCAUAUCUACAGCAUAUUUCUUCACCAUCGUCAUCGCCUUCUUCGUCAUCUGCAUCUUCCUGGUCUACAGCAUCUCCAAGUCCUUUGGGAAACAUUUUCAAGUCCUCAAGUCCAAUGGCUUUCUGGCGGUGAAGGUCUUCUGCUCCUGGGACUUUAAAGUCAGCAAACACGCUUCCGUCAGGCUUCAGUCUGAGAAAAUCAGCACUCAGCUAAAAGAGCAGCUGUCUGAGAUGAUCAGAGGAGAAAAGUCACGGAGCUGCAUGCAGCGGCUCUCGCGCUUCUUCUUUCACGUGGCGACGUGGAUGAUUUGUCUGGUCUGCAUCUCCCUGAGCGCCUUAGGAAUCCACCACCUGUCGGAGAUCUCCAUUACAGAUGAUCCCCGGAAAGAGUCUGAGCUGCAGCUCUUGUUGCUUCUGUCUGCAGCGGUGUCGGCCAUCAACCUGCUGCUCCCGGGCCUCUUCAACCUCGCGUACGUCAAGAAUACUGAUUCAUCUGCUGCAUGCGUCUAUAUCUCCGUAUUCAGAAACCUUCUGCUGAAGGUCAGCAUCGUGGGAGUGCUGUGUUACCGCUGGCUGGGGAGGAUUGCUGUGGAACCAGAAAGUCGUGGUCUACAGUGUUGGGAGAGUUUUGUAGGACAAGAACUCUAUCGGCUGCUCCUCAUGGACUUCAUCUGCACAUCACUCUACACUUUAAUUGGAGAGUACUUUUGGAGACUUUGUUCUGGGAACAGGCAGAGGAGGAACAGGAAGCCGGUGUUUGACAUUGCACGCAACGUGCUGGAGCUCAUAUAUGGACAAACUCUGACUUGGCUCGGGGUGCUGUUCGCUCCACUGCUCCCUGCUGUACAAAUAACAAGACUGUUUGUGCUCUUUUACAUGAAGAAGAGCAGCGUGAUGGUGAACUACCGGGCCUCCAGAAAGCCCUGGAGAGCCACUCAAAUGACGACCCUGUUCCUGUCUCUGCUGUGCUUCCCGUCAUUUCUCGGCGCAGCGGUGUCUGUCACCUACACGGUCUGGAUGAUCAAACCCUCGCAGUCCUGCGGUCCGUUCAGGAACCUCACCGUGAUGUACGAAUCCAGUUGGCUCUGGGCUCAAAAACUAAAAAAGACUCACCCAGUUUUGUCUUGGCUCACCUGGGCCUACAAGUAUCUGGUAGAGAAUCCGCUCUUCCUAUUUCUCACCACUGGAGUUUUUCUAAUUGUGAUUUACAUUCAAACCCAGAUUGUUGAUGGCCAGAGGACGAUCAUCAGCCGGUUAGAGAAGCAUAUUGAAAACGAGGGCAUGGACAAAAAGUUCCUCAUUUCCAAACUACAAGAGCUUUCUGGACAGAAUAGUCCGGUUUCCUCUCACAGAUGAGUUUAUGGCUGAACGAGUUUCCCCUGUUCCUAGAAUGUUGUUUCUUUUAUUGUGCACUGAAAAUAUUACAACUUAUUGUUGCCUUGGGUCAAAGAAGUGAGUUUGUGAUUGGUGAAUAACAAAAGAAGGAUUACUGUUAUUUU